AUGAACGCAUACUCACCGGAAAUAGACUACUCUGUAGGUUUCUGUUGCGGUCCGGUAUCCGGAAGUUGUAUUAUCUGUGUGUUUCAGCAUGGCGGCUGUGGACAUAAGAGAUAAUUUGCUGGGCAUCUCCUGGGUGGACAGCGCCUGGAUCCCCAUACUGAACAAUGUCACUGUCUUGGAUUACUUCUCCGAAAGAAGCAACCCCUUCUAUGACCGGACGUGUAACAAUGAGGUGGUGAAGAUGCAGAGGCUGACCCUGGACCAUCUGAAUCAGAUGACUGGUGUGGAAUAUAUUUUGUUACACGCACAAGAGCCUAUAUUGUUCAUCAUCAGAAAACAACAGAGGCAGUCUCCCACACAGGCUAUACCGCUGGCUGAUUAUUACAUCAUCGCAGGAGUAAUCUACCAGGCUCCAGAUUUGGGAUCUGUUAUCAAUUCCAGAUUGCUGACUGCAGUUCAUGGGAUCCAGUCUGCAUUUGAUGAAGCCAUGUCUUACUGCCGCUACCAUCCUUCUAAAGGCUACUGGUGGCAUUUCAAAGACCAGGAAGAGCGAGACAAGACCAAACCAAAAGCUAAAAAGAAAGAAGAAGCCAGCUCCUUCUUCCAGAGACAGAGGGUAGAUGCAUUGUUACUGGAACUCAGGCAAAAGUUUCCACCAAAGGUUGUCCAGCAAAAACCUGGCGAGAAACCAGUCCCAGUUGAACAGAUAAAGAAAGAACAAGAGCCACCAGCUGAGGUUGUGGUAAAACAAGAAGAAAAAGAACCGGUUAAGCCUUCUCAAGGAACUACCCCCAAAGGUCCACCGGAGAAGAGAAUGAGGUUACAAUAGAAGCUGACUUCAGACUUCUUAAAGAACUCCCCUUAUAUAUAGGUUGUCUUCAUGGGCAUAUGAAGCAUAUUUUGAAGGGCCGCAAAGGAGUUCUGAAGAAACUAGCUGAUGAUAUAUCACAAAUAACCACGUCCAGUGACUUAUGGACUGACCGCACUCUGUCAAGGAGGACAUUUUUUUCAUAUCCUGUGGGAUCAGCUGCGGCAGAAUGCGAGAAGAAAAAAAAAAUGUAAAUAGAUGUGUAUAUUGUCAGUGUUACUUAUGGAUAAAUGUCUUCUCUGCAUCUUUUUUUAAGAGGGCGAGGGGGCAGAGUUCAUCAAGUGGGUUUUGUUUUUGUAUGUGGCAAACUAUAAACAAGUCAUUUAUAACUUUAUACGUUGCUUAAUAAUACCAUAGUAAAGUUAUUUUAUUUUGUGGCA